AUGGGGAGCUUCGAAGGUCACGCGCUCCCCGGGACCCUUUUCCUGCUGGCUGGCCUGUGGUGGACGGCCAAACUCUCGCUCUGGCAUGCCACCCACCGCUAUAAGAGCAUCGGCUCCACCCGGCUGAGCGGCAGAGUGGCGCAACGCCGCUUGGAGCUGGUAGAAGGCUCGAUCGUCGUCCUCUUCUCUUUAAUAGGCAUGAUAGCGGAGCAGUUUUAUGCGAAAGGGCCGCAUCUCAAGCUUUAUGACUUUGCGGAAAACCACUGGAAGGGCAUGAUGAACUGGCAACACUCCACCAUGUAUUUCUUUUUCGGCCUGGCAGGAGGUGUGUCCCUUAUAGUCCAUGCCACCGAGGCGGCGCCCCGCGCCCUGGACAAGUUAUUGGUGGCCAUCGCCUUCUUUAACGAGGGGUUCCUUUUCCUCUACCACCUCCAUGGCCGAGAUGUGCUGGACGUGCACAUGCACAUGCUUCUGCUGUACACGGUCUUCGGGUGUGCCGCCGUAUGCUUCCUGGAGGUUUUCCAAAGAGGCAACAUCCUGGUAGAGCUGCUGCGCUGCACCCUGACUCUGCUGCAGGGUAGUUGGUUCUGGCAGAUCGGCUUCGUACUGUACCCUCUUAGCGGUGCUCAGUGGGACCCCAUGGACCACAGCAACGUGAUGUUCGUCACCAUGUGCUACUCAUGGCAUGUGGCCUUUGCCAUGCUCAGCGUCGGCGUGCUCUAUUGUCUGGUCAGCUGCGCCGUCCGCUCCAGACUAAAGAAGACCCCCCCGGUGGAAAUGGGCCUGCUGAAGUGCUCUGACAAGGACCCCGAGUCAGAGGACGAGGUGGUGUGA